UCAAAAAACCGAUUCUAUAACUUCGUUAAAAAAAAGAUUUUCGUUUCGAACAAUUACUGUGUGAAGAUCUUCAAGAAAACGUGCACGAUUUGGAACUACGAUAAAGUGAUAUUGUUGUGAUACAUCAGUGACCGAUGAUGAUAAACUGUAGAAUGAAUCCUCUCUUCCAAGCGAUAGUGGAUAAUAUACAAGCAAAAGAAUUUGCUUCUAACAAAGAUACUAGCAUGCAAUUUUCUGACUCGAUACUGGACUUGUCCUUUAAGAAAGCAACAAUCUCGAAGGAGUCAGCAAAUUCCAGUUUACAUUCAAACUCACCCGUAACAAACACAACGAAACAAGAUCAAGUUAAGCGUUUUUCAGAAACUGGGGAUCCUUUGGAAGUUCAAAAAUUUAUGAUAACGCCACCUUCCGAAUGUAACUCACUGGAAAUAGUUAAAUACGAGCCAGUUCACAAUCUCACGGAGGCGCCAUUACAAAACGGUAGUUUUCCCACUUUGCCAAUGGACAUUUCGAUUCCACUCAUUCCUAGUAUAUUAUCAACAUUAUUGAAUACAACUAAUGAAACUAUUAAUUCAAGGCAAUUUUUCAACCCCUCCACCACGUUGAUUACAGAUUCUAACAAAACUGCGUUACACAAUUUGCCUAUAGAUAUUGCAAAAAAUACAAGACCUUUUAAGGCUUAUCCAAAAGAUCCAUUAUCGCUCACUAUAGGAGGGGCCGAAUUGAUGUAUGAUCUAGAAUCGAGCGAAGCUUAUUCGGAAUUUCGAAAGCGAAUGCUAGAAACGAUGAAACAAUCGAACGAAGGCAUGAUUACAAAGAUGCGAAAAGUCACGAAAAGUCCUGUGCCAACGAGCACUGUUGAUGAGAAAGAUGCAGCUUAUCGAGAAAGAAGAAGAAAGAAUAACGAAGCCGCAAAACGUUCUAGAGACGCACGAAGAGCUAAGGAAGAUGAGAUUGCUAUCAGGGCAGCUUUCUUAGAACACGAAAAUAAGAGACUUAAAUAUGAACUUUCAGUACUUAAAAACGAAACAGCCAAGAUAAUGGCUUAUUUUACUUAGGUUACUUUUAUAUUAGUUAUUGGCAAUGAAAAAAAAAAAAAUGCAGUGUUUGCACAAAAUUUG